GCUCUCUAGUUUUUUUUUUUUUUUGAUCCGCCACUCUCUAGUUUCUCUAUGUAAUAUUCUCGAUACAUCUCUAUGUAUGGAGUAUAUUCUGUUUCGUGUACUGUUCCAUCUUUUCCCUGCUCCAUCAUCCAUAUCUAAACCCACCCACAUCAUAAAACCGCCAUACAAUCCAAACCCUUUUGAUAAAACAAAGAAAAAUUCAAACCCCUUGUUAUUUCUGGUAUUCUGGCCAGGCAGUAGCAGUUUUCCGGCAAACCCAGAUGGAGAAAGACCCACUUCUUCCGUACAUCAGCCCUAGACGGCCACAACCCUCACCACCACUUUGUUCCGUCCCAGAAAACGAUGAAAUUUCUCUUCCUUUGCCUCUAAACCCAUCAGAGUUCAAAGAAAGGCUCAUCUUUGGACCCUCUUCUCCACCUUCUAAUGAUCAAUCUUCAAGUCUUGUUGAUGCCCUAACCCUACAUGUGAACUCUCCAAGACUCUCCACCACCCCUUCUUGUUCUUCCUUAGAUUCAGCUUUUAAUUCAGACCCACAAAAUAUUCAGUCUUGGUUCAAUGAUCCCAAUUAUAGAUGGAACAAAAGUAAUCUCCACAGGUCCAAAACUGCACCUGCCAUGGCAACAAUCAAUGACGUUGAGCAUGCCUCUGAUGGUAAACCCCCUCAGUUUGUUUCUUCCUCUAUUGUUCGACAGGCUUGUAUUCUUUUGGUUCUCUAUCUGCUGUUUGGUGUGAUCAUAUAUGCUCUUAAUCGCGACGAUUUUGUUGCCAUCGAGACGCACCCGGUUGUCGAUGCUUUGUAUUUUUGCAUAGUGACAAUGUGCACAAUUGGAUAUGGUGACAUUACCCCUAAUAGUACCACGACGAAGUUGUUUUCGAUAAUGUUUGUGCUGGUGGGGUUUGGGUUUAUCGAUAUUUUGCUUUCCGGGAUGGUCAGUUACAUGCUUGAUUUGCAAGAAAACUAUCUUUUGAGAAAUGUAGAAGGCGUUGGAGACAGGGACAGGCGGGGGUCAAUUAUGUUCGACUUAAAGAAAGGGAGGAUGAGGAUUAGAAUGAAGGUGGGAUUGGCUUUGGGAGUUGUGGUUCUUUGUAUUGGGAUUGGAGCUGCCGUAAUGCAUUAUGUGGAGAAGCUGGUAUGGUUGGAUGCAUUCUAUCUUUCGGUUAUGUCAGUCACGACAGUUGGGUAUGGUGACAGGGCGUUCACAUCCAUGACCGGUCGGCUUUUUGCAUCGGUUUGGCUGCUUGUAUCGACACUUGCUGUUGCUAGGGCUUUUCUGUACUUGGCGGAGGCAAGAGUGGAUAAGCGGCAUAGAAAGAUGGCCAAAUGGGUGCUCGGUCAGGACAUGACGGUCUCUCAGUUUCUUGCUGCUGACAUUGACAAUAAUGGUUUUGUGAGUAAAUCGGAAUUCGUUAUAUACAAGCUUAAGGAGAUGGGAAAGGUUUCAGACAAAGACAUCAUGCAGAUCUGCAAAAAGUUCGAUCGACUAGACACCGGCAACUGUGGCAAGAUUACUCUUGGGGAUCUCAUGGAAGGUUAUCAUUGAGUUACCACUUACCAAGGUGGUUUCUCUUCUUUUCCAAGCAGGAGGGGAAGUAAUAUGCAACUCCGCCUCAUUGUAUAUUCCCUUGGUAAAUACACUCACGAAGUGCCAAAUAGAGCAAGGGAAUUCUCUCUUACCAAGACGUUCGAGGGAGGAGCUUUCUUUUCCAUUUUAUACCGAAUUUUGGCAUACGGAAGUUUUAGCAUAUUGUAGGCAUCAGAAGUUUUUAUCCGUUUACUGUAUAGUGUCCGCGCCAUCCCAUGGCUGCAAUGUGUUAGGUACGGUCGGGAGUGUUUUAUUGUUUCUGGAAAUAAAAAGCAUUCGAUGUCCUUUUACUGAUUCAUUUGCAAAGUAGAAGAAGAAGGUAGGGGGGAUCGGCUGAUUAAACCGAGUCAUGUUGCUGACUCUAGUUUUCUUCCUUUUGAUCAGCGCGUUCUAUUGUUUUUCUCUCUCUUUUUUUUUUUUUUUCUUCUCUUCUCUCUGGGUAUGACCUUCAGAUCCCUGUGCAAUUAACUGUAAAUUCUUUCAGAGAUGCUACUGUAUAUCUGUAUAUAAGCCCACUGGCCACUGCUAGCAAGUUUUUUAUUGCUUCCUUUUCUUGGCAA